AGGAUUUUUGAUUUGAUUUGUUUCUGUUUGGGUUUGGGUUUGUUUUGGACUGUUUAGUGUUUAGGUUUUGGUUGGUUUUGGUUGUAGUUAAUGUAGUUUGGGUUUGGGCCAAAAAGGCGGUUAGGUUCAUUCAUGGACUUACUUAGGGUUAACUUUAAAGUGGUUAAAAUACCGUCACGGUCGGUUAUGUUAUCCAAGCAGUAGACCUUUUUGUUGGUUUAUGGUGGAACACAGAAAGCCUGUCUAUUGAAUGUUCAAGAAACCACUCUGGCGGAAAAUAUAUUGUGAACCUCCACAAAAGAAGGAAAAUGGCAGAAAGAGCAGAACUUGUGAAAAUGGUGAAGGCGUUCAAGGUUACAGAACUUACCACACUGUUAACCUUUGCUGGACGUAGCAAGCAUGGGCUCAAGCAAGAAAUGCAGAUUCGGGCAUUAGAGCUACUCAAGCUUAACUCAGUGCCGAUACAAAUGAAGAUUAAGGAAAUCUACAAUGAACGUCAUAGAAGAACACAACAAGUUCCUCCUGCAACUCCCCAACCUUCGCUUUAUGGGCCACCUGCCUUGAGCUAUCUACCUGAGCAAAUGGCCCGAGCGUAUGAAAGUUACACCAACGGAAACAAUGCGCCAACCGUUAGAACCAACAUUGUUACAACCAACCUGCCUGUACUUCCAGAUGUUCGACUGAAGCCUCUGCCUUUCUACGAACACAUUGCUGAAUUGCUCAAACCUUCAACUCUCAUGCCUGUUGGGGGAGCUUUGGUACAGGAACACGAGUUUCCAUUCUACUUGACUCCAGCCCAAGUCAACGAACUUGCCUAUUAUCGAAAUGCAGAAAUGUCCAACGGUGAACAUGUUGUAGAGGUACAGAUGAGGUUUUGUCGAUUUGAGAACACAUGUGAGCAAGAUGACUGUUUACCAAAUGACGUUUAUGUGAAAGUCAACACUAAACCCUGUGCUCUUCCUCCCCUAUUGCCUUCAAACCAGUCUAAGGAGAAAAGGAGAAUGCCUUACCCAGUGAACAUCACUCCACAUGUUAUUCUGAAUGCCACAAUCGCAAACGGAGUGAAAAUCAAAUGGGCUAUCGAGGCUGACCAAGGCUACGUCACAGCUAUCAACCUUGUCAAAAAGCUCUCAGCCUCGGAUCUCAUAAAGAAGCUCAGGAACCGAGGCAUACGACCUGCUGAAUCCACCAGAUCACUCGUCAAGGAGAAGUUGCGUGAGGACGCGGACAGUGAGGUCGCUACUACGAGUCUGCGCGUGUCUCUAAUGUGUCCACUGGGACAGAUGAGGAUAGUGGUGCCUUGUAGACCUACCACCUGCACACAUCUACAGUGCUUCGACGCACGUGUCUACAUACAGAUGAAUGAGCGCAAGUCUACGUGGACAUGUCCCGUGUGCAGCAAGCCGGGGGAUUUUGAUAAACUAUUCAUUGAUGGGUAUUUCCAUGAAGUGCUGAAUAGUGACAAGUUGCCUUUGGAUGUGAAUGAGGUUGAGUUGCUGCAAGAUGGCUCAUGGAUCUUUGUCAAAGAAGAAAUAUUAGAAAAUACAUCUAGUGCUGCGGCCAAGAAUCGUAAAGGUCCUCCAGUCCUGAUGGAAGUACUAGAAAUAACAGAUGAUGAUAUAGUGCCUUUAGAUGUGAGCUCAGACAGUGAAGACAUCAAGACUAAGCCUAUGCAGCCUAUGCAGGUCGCCAACGCACUCACUGUAGACUUGACUGCGAGCGAUGAUGAUGAUGACAUUAACACAUUAGCACCUGUAAACAUUAACACUCCCUAUAACAAGACUGACAUUGACAAAGUGGGUUUCGGCAGUAUGAGACCUAACCUGUUGAUUCAAGACAUAAUCGAUCUAGACUCGCCCCCUAACUCACCCCUUGGAUCAUCAGGCGAACCACAAUUCCCCAUGAAGACUGCCCCAGUGCAAUGGGAUGCUGCCCCAACGGCACAGUGCCAAAAUCAGACUCUGCCAUCAUUCUUCAACACAGAACCAAACAUUCCAUGAGAUUGUGUGGACCAACCCAUUUGGCGAUAUUGGUGAUUUCUCAUGAUCUCCUGACAACCUGUUUCUCUGACUGUGAUGGUAGUUGUGUAUAAAUAAGCUACGAUUACCUUGUCCAUGUUGUGGUGGACCUAAAUGUAAAAAGUCAUCCAGAAGUUUGGAAAUUUCAUUUGAAAUAUGAUAAAUGCAAGUGUGUUAGUUAAUUGUGGUGGUUAUUGCUUGGGACAAAGCCAUACUGAUAGUUGGCUUUUGUCUUGGUUUUGGCAGAAAACAUUUUAAAUGUUGAAUUUGAUUGUUUUACUAGUAUUUGUAGUAGAAAAUGUGUUUAUAAAUAAGUGGUUUAACAACCGCAUAACAUAAAUCAUUUUUUGAUUCAUCUAAAAAAAUUUUUUUAAUAUGUGCUAUUUGAAAUUUUUGUUUUGAUUAGUAAAACCCAAGGUUAGCCUAAUCUGUUUAACCCAGCAGAAGUUGCUAUGGACAGGAAAAUAUUAAUUCUUUUUUGACCAGUUAAACUAAGCCUUUAUUAGUAAAAGAUAUUCUAAAAAAAUAAAUAAAAAUGCCUUUACUUGUAAGUUUUUCUCAUA